AUGUCGGUUCCAGAACAGGAAAAUAAUAAUAACACCACAAUCCCUAACAUCGUCCUAGGCAAUGGAGAAAAAGGAGAAAAUAUAGAUUUCUCAAUUGUUGACCAACUUCCUCCGCAACAUAAUUCAGAAUCUUUCGUUGAACAAGAAGAUGACGUCAACGAGAAAUCCUCCGCAGGAAAUAAAAAGGGAAAGAAGAAAAAAGUUAAAAAACCACCCGAGGAAAAUAAUGCCAUUCCCGUGAGUCAAAUAUUUAGAUUUGCUACGCCCCUCGAUAAAUUUUAUAUGUUCAUAGGUACAAUAGCAGCAUUUGGUAAUGGUAUUGCUAUACCUCUCACGGCUGUCAUCUUUUCAGGAUUUAUUAACGUCUUUUCAAGAUUCUCCUUGGCCGUAUCAAUUUAUAAUUCUACCCAAGAUGAAGCACAAUUUGCUGAAGCUAAAAAUGAAUUGAAUUCAGAUAUUCGUCGACACGUUUAUUAUUUUAUGAUCCUGGGUGCUUCGAUUUUUGUCGUUAGUUAUAUUCAAAUGACCACUUGGUCAAUUGCCGGUGCAAAUCAAGCAGACAAAGUUCGCAGAUUAUAUUAUUCAUCUCUAUUAAAACAAGAAAUAGCAUAUUUUGAUAGUACACAAUCAGGGGAACUAACAACACGUAUAUCAAAUGAUACUUAUAUUUAUCAAGAAGGGAUAUCCGAGAAAGUGGGUUUGAUUUUACAAAAUGCUGCUACAUUUUUUGGUGGUUUCAUUGUCGCCUUCUUCGAAAGCUGGCAAUUAACGCUUGUAUUGUGUUCCGUAUUUCCUUUGCUGAUUGCCGCUGGAGCUAUUAUGGCAAAAUCCGUUAGUGGUGAUACAUCAAAGGGUCAAGAUGCAUACGCAGCAGCAGGAUCAUUAGCCGAACAAGUCUUUUCUAACAUUCGCACAGUGUUAGCAUUUGGAGGUCAACCACGCGAAUUCGCUAGAUAUUCAGCAAAAUUAGAAUUAGUGUAUAAAGCGGGAAAAAGGAAGGCAGUAAUAAGUGGCAUUGGAUUAAGUUCAAUGAUGUUUAUUAUAUUUUGUUCUUAUUCCUUGGCAUUUUGGUACGGAAGUAAGCAAAUUUUAAAUGGAUCAAAAUCCAGUGGUAAUAUUUUAGGUGCUUUCUUGGCCGUUGUAAUCGGGGGUUUUUCAAUAGGAAACGCUUCGCCACAUUUUAGUAGCGUAGCGGCAUCGUUAGGAUCGGCUAAAAAAUUAUUUACAACCAUAGAUCGUAAACCUUUGAUAGACGUAACCUCCACCACUGGUCAAAAAUCUUCUCCUUCCUCUAAAUUUGAAGGACGCAUCGAAUUUAAGAACAUCUCAUUUCAUUACCCAUCUCGUCCUGAUGUACCAGUAUUAAAAGGUUUCUCAACAAUAAUCGAGCCAAAUCAAACGGUAGCAUUAGUAGGUUCAAGUGGUAGUGGAAAAUCUACGAUAGUUGGAUUAUUAGAAAGGUUUUAUGAUCCCGUCGAAGGAGAGAUCCUUAUCGAUGGGGUACCAUUAAAAGAUUGGAAUUUGAAAUCUCUUAGAGGACUUAUCGGAUUGGUUGGACAAGAGCCGGUUUUAUUUCAAAACACCAUUAGGCAAAAUAUUGCAUGGGGAAAAGUCUCGGAGGAUGGUAGUGAAGUUGAUAUUGAGAAGAUUAAAGAAGCGUGCAAAAAGGCUAACGCACAUGAAUUCAUUGAAGAUUUACCAAAGAAAUAUGAUACUCCGGUGGGUGAUAAAGGUGCAUUAUUAUCAGGAGGACAAAAACAAAGAAUUGCUAUUGCAAGAGCACUUAUAAAAGAUCCACCGAUAUUAUUGUUGGAUGAAGCCACUUCUGCAUUAGAUACGGAGUCCGAAAGUCUUGUUCAAGACGCAUUAGACAAUGCAUCCUCUAAUAGGACAACAAUUGUCAUAGCUCAUAGGUUAUCUACCAUCAAAAAUGCUGAUAAAAUUAUCGUAAUGCAUAAGGGUGAAAUUAAAGAAGUUGGUAAACACGACGAAUUAAUUACUCAAAAGGAAAAUAAAUCGACGCAUUUAAGAAGAGCUCUUACGAGAGAAUCUACGAUAAAAUCUAUUAAAUCAAUAAAAGAAGAGGAAGAAAAAUUAAUUGAAGAAAAAUUUAAAGGAACAAAGACGCCAUUUUCAAGGUUAUUUCAAUUAAACAAACCAGAAAUUGUAUUAAUAACGAUCGGGGUAAUCGCAUCAGCAAUCGAUGGUAGCAUUUUUCCAGUAUUUGCUAUAUUAUUUUCAUCAUUAUUGGAUUCAUUGGCCAAAGUAGAUCGUCCUAAAGAGCUGGAAAGUGAUGCCAACUUCUACUCCGGAAUAUUUGCAAUUAUUGCAUUAGUCACCUUUUUUGCAGGAUUUGCCAAAACUACUUCCUUUAUGUUAAGUUCAGAAAGAUUAACUAAACGUAUUAGAUUAAAGACGUUCGAUCAUUUAAUGAAACAAGAAGUGGCAUUUUAUGAUGAUGAAAAUAAUAGUGUUGGUAUUUUAACUUCUAGAUUGGCGGUUGAUGCUACAAAGAUUGAGGGGCUUACAGGUUCGCUUAUGGGUAAUAUCAUACAGACAACAGUCACCAUUUGUAUUGGUCUGGGGAUCGCGUUUUUUUAUGGUUGGAAAUUAACCUUGGUCGUAAUUUCGUCGGCUCCUAUUAUUGUAAUUGCACAAUACGCUAAAUUAAAAUCUCUCUCCGGAUACGGUUCCAAGACCCUCAAAGCAUACGAAGGGACAGGACAUAUAGUUCAUCAAAGUGUUUCUAAUAUUCGUACGAUAGCAUCUCUCUCGUUGGAAGAUACAUUCUACAAGUUAUAUUACGAAUCAAUAUCAGAACCACAUAAAACUGCUAUAAAAGGAACUAUGAUUGCAGCAUUAGGGUUUGGACUCUCACAAGGAAUGAUAUAUUUCUUUUACUGUCUUACUUUCUGGUACGGAUCCGAAUUAGUUAAAAGUCAAGAAUAUACUAUAAAGAGAAUGUUCAGCGUAUUCUUUGUGAUAACCUUCACCUCAACCGCAGUUGGUCAAAUAAGUUCUUUCGUCCCAAGUAUUUCCAAAGCGAGGGUAGCAGCACUUUCGAUAUUUGAAUUACUUGAUAGAAAACCGAACACCUCUCCACCGGAUAGUAUAAAUGAUCGACCAACUCCAGUAACAGGAUCAUCUAAAUUCGAUGAUGUACAUUUCUCAUAUCCUGCACGUCCCGAUUCAAAAAUUCUAAGAGGUCUAUCAAUGUCAAUACCUUCUAAUAAGACAAUAGCAAUAGUUGGCUCGAGUGGUAGUGGUAAAUCUACGGUAAUUUCACUACUUUUACGUUAUUAUAACGCCAAUUCCGGGGUUGUCCGUAUGGAAGAUAUUGAUAUAUUGCAAUGGGACCUAGAGUAUUUAAGAGAAAAUCUUUCUUUGGUUGGACAAGAACCUAUUUUAUUUGAUAUGACAAUUGGAGAAAAUAUUGCUUAUGGGAAAGAUGGCGCCACUCAGGAUGAAAUUGAAACGGCUGCCAAACAAGCUAAUAUAAACAGUUUUAUUGAAACGCUCCCGGAAAGAUACAAUACCAGAGUUGGUGAAAAAGGAGCUCAAUUAAGUGGCGGACAAAAGCAACGAAUUGCCAUUGCGAGAGCUUUAAUUAGACGUCCAAAACUGUUAUUAUUGGACGAGGCAACUUCUGCCUUAGAUUCCGAAUCUGAAAAGGUUGUGCAAGAUGCUCUUGAUAAGGCCGCUAAAGAUCGGACCACUUUAACGAUUGCCCAUCGAUUAUCUACCAUCCAAAAUUCGGAUUUAAUUUUGGUUUGUAAAAAAGGCAAAGUUGUUGAAUCGGGCAAGCAUUUUGAUUUAGUUGCUAAAAAAGGGAUAUAUUUUGAUCUAGUUAACAAGCAAUCCCUCACAAAAAAUCACGAAUGA